AGACCGGGGAUUCUUAAAUAAAAGGAAGGCAAGAGGCAAUAGGGACACAUUGCAACACCUCACUGCUCACCUUCUGCUAAUCAAUCUUCAGUGCUUUCAUUGGUUCUACUUUCAGCGUCGCCAUGUACAAGUUUUUCCUGACGAUGGUUUUCAUGGAGUGUCUUCUCCCUGGGGUGUUCGCAAUCUGUGAGCCCAACUGCAAAGGGAAGGCCCCUGGUGACCAAGUGGCAGACCCCAAGAACUGCACCAAGUACUACAUCUGCAUGGUCGGUGAGAUUCCCUCCCACACUUCUCUCCCGUGCCAACCUGGUAACAUUUUUGAUCCAAUUCAAGAAGAGUGCUCACCUGGGAACACAUGCACGGCACUCUGUGUUCCCCCUGACUGCCACCUGACCUGUACUGAGGAAGUGGACCUCAUCUCUGACCCCAGUGACUGUGGCACAUACAGGAUGUGUUUGGCAGGUGUCGUAGUUGGGGAGCCACAGCACUGUCACUCAGACACGCCGUAUUUUAACGGGAAAUUCUGUGGGACUGAUGCAAGCCAAUGUUGCAGUGAGUUGUGCACGCCGUACUGCUACAAGAAUGUAAUCCAGGCGCCAGACCCUCAAGACUGUAAGGCGUUUUACAUCUGCCUGGAGGAGGGCGAGCCCAGCCAGGACAACCACUUCUAUUGCCCGAAUGAUGAGAUCUUUGAUAUCAGUUUGGGCCGAUGUACUCCCGACGCACAGUGCAGGCUACUGUGUGACGACAGCACAUCUGGCCCUACAGUUACUCCCUACACCACCUCAUCCACCGCUCCUGACGGCAUCAUCACAAGUACUCCAGGUGGAUGUAAAGACUCCCUGACUUGUAUCGAUGCUGGCUUUUUCGCCCAAUGCACCACGUGUCAGCCAGGUUACUUCCAGUGUAAAGGUGUGGGCCAGCAGGGUAUCCUUCACUCGUGUCCUGACGGUAAAGUCUUCAAUACUAAUGACAACGCCCCUUUCUGCAUCUCCCCUGAAAACUGUCCCUUCUUUCCAUAACACACACACCUGGAGAUUUAGGAACUUUUGUCAGGAUUUUCCAGUUCUUUAUUUCCAUAAAACUUUUUAUAUAUGAGAAAACAUAUAUGAUAUGUUUACGUCUUUGUACAGGUGACUCGGUUUACACCAUUUUAUUUAUUUUUUUUACAUAAAAUUGGUUUAACAUAACUUAAAAUAUAUUAAAUUUAAUUGAAUUUACAAAGUGCUUUAACUUUAGCGCUGUACAUCCGUAAAUACUGAAUUAAUCGCUGUACAUGCUUAAAUAUUAAAUAAAAGUUUUCCAUUUC